AUGAAAAAUUUAAAAGAAUGUUUAUCUUCGGAAGGAGGUUAUAAAAACACAAAACGAUUUAAGGAAAAUAUACAAGACGAGUAAAUUGAUUUACCAUGAUUCUAGGGAUACUUUGAACUACGUAAUUGAGACCUUGGAGGACAUUUUUUAAAGCUCAAAAUCGCAACCAAUGUCGUUGGUGCUAUCCAUGAGAGUAAGUCUGUUGGUAUGUUUAGCUGAGCAGUUGACAAAAGAACUUAUGGAUCUUCAUUAUGAUUGCGUUGUGCACUCUAUUUCCAACAACAUUGUUUACAUGAUUGAGGAUAUUAUCAUGGCAGAUUUAAAGAAAAACGAGAGAGGCAAAUUUUAUUUUAGUGAUUAACCAAGUAUAAAUGGGUAUUAUGUAGAUUAAUCUCUGAUUUUGCUUGGAAAUACGCUUGUACGUUUAGCACUUGAAUGCAUUUUUGUGUGGAACUUGUGGCACCCUAAUAAUUUAGCUAUUACUUAAGUGUAAUUUAGUAUGUUUUAAUUUUAGUUAUUAACGAUUAAUCGACAAAGGAGUUUAGUUCCCAAAAUUGCAUUAUUUUAAUGCCCAGAAAGUCAAGGAAUACUACAUGACCGUGAAGGAGAGCUCAAAGAAUGGAACCCUUUAUCGAUAGCAAUCCUUGAUGUUGCAUGAACAAUACUUUGAACAACUCAAAAAGACAAUUGAGAAGAACCAGUACAGUAAUGUCAAACUACAUGAAAUCAAUGAGGAGUUGAAAUGUAAUUAAUGUUGAAAAUCUAGAAAUCAAGCACGUAAACGAAAAUUAAAAAUAAUUUAUCGAGAACUUCAAUAGGGCUUACAAGGAUUAUCUUGUCAACAACAAAAUAGACGAGUUCAAUAAUCAAAUUUAAUCGAUGUAUGCGUAUUAUUAAAUUAAGUUGUUUAGAAUAUGAUGAAUUGUAAAGUCAAAAGAAACAGAGUAAGAAACUAAUCACUUAUUUUUAGAUAGCGCAAUCUAGUUCUGCACAUACUCUACUGACAAGUAAAGCAAUCAAUUCUCAAGAAGCAUGAGUGUAAGUAAUUCUCUAUAGAUUUUAGUCUUAAAAUUCUUAACGUAAAAAUGAGAGCGACAACAAACAACAAUCUAUUGAGCAACUACUACAUGAAAAUGAAUUAAUCUAGGCAUAAAUUCAAAGUUUUGAAAUUCCGAAAACGAAUUGUCAUUUAAAGAAUACAGAUGUAUGA